CUCGCGCGCACGGUUUUGCACCACCAGCUGCGUUUAAUGGCGUGUGCAUUCAUCUGACAGCCAGCCAUAGCCAGCACGGAUUUUCUGUCCCUGUCUGUGUGUGUGUGCGCGUGACUAUGCAUGAAUGUUUUUUUUUGUUUGUUGUUUUCGUUGUUGUGUUCCUUUGACUGCCCGCAAAAAAAAAACUCCGAUCCAGCUGCAAAUUUUGACUCCGAUCACCAUCCGAAGUGUGUUUAUGGGCGUGUGUGUGUGUGUGUGUGUACGGUGGACAGUGGAAAGUUUUCCGAUCCCAAGCGAGAUCCAAUCCGCCUCCUUCCGAAACCAAACAACACCAGGACAAAAGGGCUGGGGCGUUUUUUCGUCCCGAUUGUGCUGUGACCCGUUUUUCCCUUCUUCUAUCAAAAACCACGGCGCAGCAGGAGCCGCAAAGGGGCAGCAGGUCGGGCGGCAAUCAAAAACGGCAGCGAAAAUAGGCCGAUACAUCAACAUACGACUUGUAGCUCUUGGCGUAUUUGGUUUCCAAUAGCGCCCCGUCGAUCAACCAAGUAGGCCUGCACUAACAUCAACCACUGUAGCAGCAACAGAGCAGCAAACACCACCACGACCACGAGUAGGCCCGAGAUACUGGCCGCGAUGCCGUGGGUGGCACCGUUGGACAAUGCGGCCGCCGCACAGAUCGUCUGCCGGUUCUACCAGUACGGUACGUGCCGGUUUGGCAGCACCUGCCGCUUCAUACAUCCCGCCGCCGAGCCGGCCACACUCGGCAGCAGCUGCAGCAGCAGCACUAGCAGUAGCAGUAGCAGCACCACCAGCGGCAGCAGCUAUCACACCGGCAACAGUAUCAGGGACGGCAGCAGCCCCGCCGACAGUGCACCGGCACCGAAGGCGAGCGCGGACGCCGCUGCGCCCAACACCGAACAGAGCGGCCAUACAGGCGCCGUCGAUCUGUCCCGCUGGAUCGACGCGCCCGUCUUUGUGCCGAAAGCGAAGCUUCCCCUCGAACAGCCGCCCCAACCGCCACAGCAGCAGCAGCAGCAGCCGCGAAAGAGCAAGCGAAAGAGCGACCGUCGCACAGUGGUGGUGGCCGAGCCACAGCAGCAGCAGCGUCGCACAGCGAUGGACAGGUCACAGCAGCAGCAGCAGCAGCAGCAAGCGGAGCAGGAGGUAGAGGACACAGAGGAGAAGCCGGACGAGGACGGGCUGGACAACGAGGCCGACAACGAGGCGGACAACGAGGAAGAGGAGGACGAGGAGGAGGAGCAGGAAGAAGAGGAAGAAGAAGAGCUGGAGGAGGAGGAGGAGAACGAUGAUGGUGGUGCGGUCGGUGGGCUUGCCGCCGGCGCCGGCUCGCCCCUGCUUUCCUACGCGAACGUCGUCACGAUGAACAACAAUCACAACGGCACGGAGCCGGAGGUGGGACCGGCCGGCGAGGUGCGGCUCUGCGCCCACUACGAAAAGCACGGCCUCUGCCCGCUCGCCGACUGCGUGCACGUGCACGGCGAGCUGUGCGAGCUGUGCCAGCGGUACUGUCUCGAUCCGCGCGACCGGGAGCAGCAGCGGCGCCACAACGCCGACUGCAUCCGCGAGCACGAGCUGGAGAUGGAGCACGCGUUCGCGGUCCAGCGGUCGCGCGACAAAUCGUGCGGCAUCUGUCUCGACGUGGUGAUGGAGAAGCGGGCCCGGGAGCAGCGGUUCGGCAUACUGCCCAACUGCAAGCACACCUUCUGCCUGAGCUGCAUCCGCACCUGGCGCAAGGCGACCAACUUUGCCAACAAAAUCAGAAGGGGCUGCCCGACCUGCCGCGUACCGUCCGACUUCGUCUGCCCGAGCUUCGUCUGGGUGGAGGCGGGCGAGGAGAAGGAGCGGCUGAUCGAGAACUACAAGCAGGCGUGCAACAACACCGACUGCAUGCACUUCAAGAAGGGUGCCGCCAACUGCCCGUUCGGCAACAAGUGCUUCUACCGGCACGCGCUACCGUCCGGCGAGCUGGUCGACCUCGGGGCGCCGUCCCGCCGCCGCAACCCGAACCGGGCCGCCCGGGGGCACAUCGAUCCGCUGCCGCUGCAGGAGGUGCUCGCGGCCCUGCUCGCCCGCCGCAGCCUCACCCUGCACGACGAGCUGCUGACGUCGCUGUUUUCCGACCUGGACGACUCGGACUACGAUCUCGAGUCGAACGUGCGCGGGUACGGUUUCUGGUCGGACUCGUCCGAAUCCGCCGACGACUAUCUGUUCGACAUUGUUUGAGCCGCGCGCGGGUGGAUGUGGAAUUUCAGAGAGAGAGAGAGAGAGCGAGAGAGAGAGAGAGAGAGAGAGAGAGAGAGAGAGAGAGAGA